GGAAAUUAAUCUCAAAACCCGCUUAUUGGAAAUGGGGUAUGCUGGAGAGGAAGUGUCUUUGGCUGUUAAAAGAUAUGGUGUAGAUAUUCCAAUUGAUAUCUUGAUUGAUUCAAUUGAUGUUGUUAGGCAUAGUGAGGCUACAAGUGAUGGAGAGAUGGGAGAUCCAUAUAAUAGCCUUACUUUCAAGAAGAAGGGAUUGAAUGAAAGCUUAAAGAAUACGUGGCAAAUCAAAUUUCCUAAAAGAAAGCAUAUAGAUUUGGAAGAAGAUUGCUAUGAAACCAAUCGGAGGGUAAAGCUCAAAGGAAGUAUGUCUUCCGGAUUGGUUGGAUUUGGGGUUCCCGGUCACCACGUGGAUAGAUGCCGGAAGCUAAAAGAUUUUUCGCAAGGCCUGCCCUAUUUCUACUUUGAGAACGUUUACAUUACACCGAAGGGUGUCUGGGAAGAAAUCUCUAGAUUUUUCCACAAUAUUGAACCCGAAUUUAUGGAUUCGAAGUUCUUUUCAGUUUCUAGUAGAAAGCGUGGGUACGUGCACAACCUGCCUAUCGACAACCGCGUUCAGCUUUAUCCACUACCAUCGAUGACAAUCAAAGAGGCGUUUCCUGAAAAACAAAAGUUUUGGCCAUCAUGGGAUGAGAGAACUAAACUUAACUGCAUAAAUAUAGUGGCAGCAAGUGCUCCGUUAUGUCUUAGACUUAGGGAUAUUGUCAACCUUUGUAAUGGACAACCCACCCCUGAAGAGCGGGAUAUGGUACUUUUACAAUGUAAAAAGUGGAACUUGGUAUGGGCCAAUCCAGAUCAGCUGGCUCCGCUGGAACCUCAUGACAUGGAGCUUGUGUUAGGAUAUGAUAAGGACCACACACGUGUCUGUGGUAGGAUGGAGCGUAUACGAUCCCUUGGAAAUGCUUUUCAGGUAGAAACUGUAGGAUACCAUCUUUCUGUUUUGAAGCCUCUUUAUCCAAAGGGGAUCAAGGUCCUUUUUCUCUUCUCUGGAAUUGGGGGUGCAGAAGUUGCUUUGCAUCAUUUGGGUAUACCACUCAAUUAUGUUGUAUCUGCAGAAAUUUGCAAAGUAAACAGGCUUAUCCUCAGAAGCUGGUGGGAAAAAACACAUCAAAAGGGUAAAUUGAUUGAGGUGGGGGAUGUGAAGAAUCUGACAAAAGAAAGACUUGAUCAAAUGAUUAAUUCAAUUGGAGGUUUUGAUCUCAUAAUAGGGGGAAGCCCCUGUAAUAAUCUGAUAGGCAGCAAUAGGUGCACAAGGCAUGGGCUAGCUGGAGAGCAAUCUUCUCUUUUCUAUGAAUUUCCAAGGAUUGUGAAGUACGUAAGGGGUGCAAUGCGUUUGAAGCUGACUUGA